CCACAUCGAAAUAUUUGCUGGUCAGCUGACUGUAGCUCUCUCUCUCUCUCUUACUAAUCAAAACUAGAUGAAGUUAACUGUGUUGCUCAACUUGCUCCUCUUCUGUCACAUUGCAUCUACAGUGAAACACUCCCUGAAAUUGUUCUCUACUGCAACUUCUGGAGUCCCAAACUUCCCAGAGUUUGUAGGUGCUGCGAUGGUCGAUGAAGUGCUGAUGGGUUACUGUGACAGCAACAUCAAGACCCUUGAACUCAAACAGGACUGGAUGAGGAAACUAGCAAAGGAUGAGCCACACCACCUGGAGUGGUAUUCUCAGGAGUGUUCUGGUAGCCAGCAGUUCUUCAGAGACAACUUGGACAGCCUGAAGCAGCGCUUAAACCAAACUGGAGAUGUCCACAUUUUACAGAGGAUAGACGGCUGUGAGUGGGACGACGAGACUGGAGAGGUUGUUCGUUAUAAUCAGUACGGUUAUGAUGGAGAAGACUUCCUUGCAUUAGACCUGCAGACGCUGACAUGGACCGCUCUAAAGCCACAGGCUUUCAUCACCAAACUUCGAUGGGAUAAUGACAAAGCUAGAUUAGGAUACAACAAAUACUACCUCAUCCACGUAUGUCCUGAAAUGCUGAAGAAGUACCUACACUAUGGGAGGAGCUUUCUGCAGAGAACAGAGCGUCCCUCAGUGUCUCUCCUCCAGAAGACUCCCUCCUCUCCAGUCAGCUGCCAUGCUACAGGUUUCUACCCCGACAGAGCCAUGAUGUUCUGGAGGAGAGAUGGAGAGGAGAUUCAUGAGGACGUGGACCUCGGAGAGAUCCUCCCCAACCACGAUGGAUCCUUCCAGAUGAGUGUUGAGCUGAACCUGUCAUCAGUCGCACCUGAAGACUGGAGGAGGUACGACUGUGUGUUUCAUCUCUCUGGUGUGGUGGACGACAUCGUCACCAGACUGGACAAAGCAGUGAUCAGGACCAACUGGGUUCCUCCUGCAGGGUUCCCUGCUGGUCCUGUUAUUGGAGUUGUUGUAGGACUGCUGCUGCUGCUGCUGGCGGUCUGCAUCGCUGGACUCUUCAUCUGGAGGAGGAACAAUAACGGUGAG